AUCUGAUUUAUUUAUUUAUUUAUUUUCUAGUUGUAAAUUAAGGAACAAUAACCAGUUCUUCCUUUUCAUGUCGGUCUCAACACUAUUUAAAUGCACACAAUAUUGAUAUAGCAUAGAAAGUAGGCUAGCUGCUAUUGUAUUAGCUAUAGAGGAACACGUCUCUGGAUAUCAGAUAGCUAAGCUAUCUAUUCUAUCUUGCGCUGGUGAGGUUUCCAAUCAGUAGGCUACUUGGAUUAUUUCACUAGCCACAUUGACCAAAUGGACUCGGACACAAGUGACUCAGAAGAAUUCUAUGAUACGACUGAAGAUGUCAGUUUGAUUCUUUCCACAAAUGCGUCACCUGCAAAGAGUGUCCUUCUCUCAACAAAGGGGAGUGAGGAGAGCCCUACAGUGGUGGCCUCUUUGUUUGCCCCACAGGAGCCCUGCAAUGAAGACUCCCUCCAGAUCAUUGACAGCAUAAUUGAGGAGAGCCAGAGGGGUGGCACUGCAGAGGAGGUGUCACUCACAGAGGAUGUUUGGAAAAUUAAGAAUGAGGUGUCUGGGGUGCCUUUGGCCCCAGGGGUCAUGGCUGUGGGGCAGCACAUCACUGUUGAUAACCUACACGAGCCUGCUGAGGUAUGCAUUGCCACUGAGCAGGAGGACAUGGGGGCCACUCCCAAAACUGGGGGUCUAGGGAAACACUACCCCUCAACUACAAGAGCCCCAGAUAUUACCAGCAGCCUCAUCCACAAUUGGCAAAGCCCACCAUCUCCCCAGGUGUCUGCAGAGGAGGGGCGGGAACAGGAAGCAGCUGACAUUUUGGAAGAAGUCUCUCACACUGUGUUCUCCGGCCCUGCUAAGCCUCCAAGGCAGUUCUCCACUGAGCCAGACAUUGUAGCCAGCACUAAGAAGUCCCCGCCUAUGAGGCCACCCCUUCCUAGUGGCACUCCUCCACCUCGACCUCCUCCCCCGUUUCGUCCUCCACCGCCAUCCCGUACAGGGACCCAAGAGGUGCUGCGGCCAUCAAAACUAGAAGUGUCCUUCAAGCCAGUGGAGCCUUGUGGUUUGAUGUCUCCCAGCACUACAGUGGAAUGUAUCACCAAGGAGCUGCAGCACUCUUUGGACUUGGCCAGUGCAACUAGCGGGGACAAAUUGGUAAUCACCCAAGAGCAUGACAGACAAAGCUCCGCCUCCCCCACCGCUGAGACAGCUGGAGCCCAGCGACCGCGAUCCAACUCCGGUCGUGAGUUGACAGAUGAGGAGAUACUGUCAAGUGUGAUUAUUAAGAACUUGGACACUGGGGAGGAGAUCCCGUUGAGCCUGGCGGAGGAGAAGCUGCCGAAUGGAAUCAACCCGCUCACACUCCAUAUCAUGAGGAGGACCAAAGAGUACAUCACGGAUGAUGAUGAGCAGUCAGAUGAUGAAGACAAGUCCCAGUCUCAGUUGUCUGAGACAGAUGGAGGAAAGCUCAAACAAAGAACAACAAAAUUUAAGAAGUUCUUGGGUAAAUCUGUUAAGAGGGCCAAACACUUUGCAGAAGAGUAUGGUGAGAAGGCUGUAAACAAAGUGAAGAGUGUCCGUGAUGAAGUGUUCCAUAUGGACCAGGAUGACCCCUCUUCUAGUGAUGAUGAGGGGAUGCCCUACACCAGACCACUCAGAUUCAAAGCUGCUCACGGCUUCAAGGGCCCUUUCGAUUUUGACCAGAUAAAAGCUGUCCAAGACCUGAGUGGGGAGCACACGGGUGCCGUGUGGACAAUGAAGUUCUCUCACUGUGGAAGACUGCUGGCCACCGCAGGACAAGACACCAUUGUGCGGAUCUGGGUCUUGAAGAAUGCCUUUGACUUCUUCUACAACAUGCGGAUGAAGUACAACACAGACGGGAGGGUUUCCCCAUCCCCUUCUCAGGAAAGCUUGUGUUCUUCAAAAUCAGAUGCAGAUGGUGGGAUUAACACCGCCCCAGAGGACCCCGACACCGAAGACAGUAACGCCCCCUUCCGACAGGUUCCCUUCUGCAAGUACAAAGGGCACACAGCUGACCUGCUGGACCUGUCCUGGUCUAAGAACUACUUCCUUCUGUCAUCAUCAAUGGACAAGACGGUCAGGCUAUGGCACGUAUCAAGAAGAGAGUGUCUGUGCUGCUUCCAGCACAUUGACUUUGUCACGGCCAUUGCUUUCCACCCCAGAGAUGACCGGUAUUUCCUCAGUGGCUCUCUGGAUGGGAAGCUGCGGCUCUGGAACAUUCCUGACAAGAAGGUGGCGCUGUGGAAUGAGGUGGACGGGCAGACGCGUCUCAUCACCGCCGCCAACUUCUGCCAGAAUGGGAAGUAUGCUGUCAUUGGCACUUACGACGGGCGCUGCGUCUUCUAUGACACAGAGCACCUUAAAUACCACACCCAAAUCCACGUGCGAUCUACCAGAGGCAGGAACCGAAUUGGCCGCAAGAUCACCGCGAUAGAGCCACUACCUAGAGAGAACAAGAUUUUGGUGACCUCCAAUGAUUCAAGGAUUCGUUUAUACGACUUAAGAGAUCUCUCUUUGUCUAUGAAGUACAAAGGUUAUGUCAACAGCAGCAGUCAAAUCAAGGCGAGUUUCAGUCAUGAUUACUCAUUCAUCGUGAGUGGCUCAGAGGACAGAUUUGUUUACAUCUGGAGCACCUACCAUGACUUGAGCAAAUUCACCUCUGUUCGGCGAGACCGCAAUGAUUUCUGGGAAGGUAUCAAAGCCCACAAUGCUGUUGUCACGUCAGCCAUCUUUGCACCCAACCCCAGUGCAAUCGUUCCAUCUGAAGCAGGCCUGGAAACACUGGAUGCAGAGUGCAAGAGCACAGACUCUGGAGGCUCCGAUACCAUCCCAUCAGGUGCACUGAAGACAGAUCAUACAGAGGUACUGAUCUCAGCAGACUUCACUGGUGCCAUCAAAGUGUUCAUCAACAUGAAAAAGUACUGAGAUCAACCAACCCUCAACUGCAAACAAAGUCCUCUCCAUCCUGCAUUCCACACCAGAGUACAUUUCGGUGACUUGCUACUCAAGUCUUCAACAGCUGCUGAAGUGUACCCUCAAAUUAGGAAGAGGGUACUGUCCUCCCUCUUCCACAGAACAGGAGCUCUUAAGCUAGAGUAUGAUGGAAAGGUGAGGAAGAAAUCAGCUGACGAAACUGGGACACUGUUUUUCUGUUCUUGCUAGCAUUUAGUGUCCUUAGGGGACCAAAAAGAGAUAUACUGUAGUGCUCAAGCAAAUGACUAAACUGAGGAAAUGCAAAUAUGUGAUUAGGACCUGGAAUUUUUCUGAAUUAAAUGGUAUUAUUUCCAUUGGCAUGAGAAAAAACUGCUCUAAGCACUGUUGCCUACAGGCACUCUUUAUCAAGUCAGUGGAGAAGAGUUUACAAAGAUUUGACCAACAGGGUCAGAUUCUCCAAACACAUUAUCAGAGAAUGUUCUCUCGGACACACACUGUAAUUUAAUGUAUGGCACUUUAUGUUGUGAAUGAAUAGAAAACUAAAUAGAUUAAUUAUUUUGUUUGUUCAUCCU